AUGGGCCUGGAAGAAUUUAGAAUUAUUUUUGGUAAUCCACAUAAAACUUAUUAUUCAGGUGAAACUGUCACGGGGAAUGUUUUUUUAGUUCUGAAUUCGCCAAAAAAAAUUCGAGGAAUAAGAGUCCGAAUAAAAGGAGAGGCCCACACUUCUUGGACAGUACGGAUUAAUCAACAUUUAACGAGGUAUCUUGGUCAUGAAGAAUAUUUUUCGACACGGUAUUAUAUUGCCGGAAGUGAAUCUGGUGAACUUGAAUUAUCAGCAGGUAAUCAUGAAUUUACAUUCGAGUAUGCUUUGCCCAAAGAUUUGCCCAGCAGUUUUGAAUCUGAUGUAGGUCAUGUUCGCUAUUCUAUUAAAAGUACAAUCGACCGACCCUGGAAAUAUGAUCACGAAACAAAAGAUGUCUUCAAAGUUAGAUUUAAUUACGAUCUGAAUACAGAUCCAAGGGCUAAGCAAUCAGUUACGGUAGAGGAAUCAAAAUCUUUUGGCUUAUUCUUUGCCUCACCUCCUUUGACUGUUAAUUUUUCAUUGCCAGUUAUAGGAUACGUUCCAGGGCAAUCGAUUCCUAUAAAAGUGAACAUUGAAAAUGAAUCUGGAAUUCCAGUAAAUUCCGUGAGAAUAACACUUAAUAAGUAUGUGACUUAUCGUCAGGAGAAAUCAGGUCCUGAUUUCAAAACAGUGAAAACAAAAAUAACUGAAGUUGUUAACCAAUUAGAAGAUAAGGAUACCGUCUCUUAUGAACAAAUGUUAAAGAUUCCACCUCUCCAAAAUUCAAAUUUGAUCAAUUGUGGUAUCAUUGAUAUCACAUAUAUAUUGAAAUUAAAGGCAUUCGUCAAUAAAUUGAGUAGUGCGGACUUGAAAAUGGCUACACCAAUAUUGAUAGGAACCGUUCCCCUGCAUAAUUAGCAAUAAUUAGUAGCCUCUUAAAAAAAUCAUUUUCAACCUGCCAGAUAUUAUAAAUA